UUCACAGCUGGAUCAGAGGAAAAGGCUGAUGUUUCUCCUCCUUUUCUGGGAAAAAUCAUCUACUUUCUUCUGGAGAAGAGCCACUGUUGAAUAAGACAGAAGCAGAGACUUCGUUGCAUUCAAGUCUUCCUGCCUAGUUCUCCUCCCAGCUAAAGGCAACCUUUGGAAUGAUGCAGACCCUUCCUACCAUCUGUCUCUGGGCUACCUUCAUAGCUACAGGGGUGUCUUUGUCAUGCGAGAAUUGUUUGGAUUUCGGACAUACCUGUGAAGGGCUUUUGGAGCCUUGCUCCUCUGAUGAAGACGCAUGUGGCAUCAUGCAGGUCAAAAUCUCAGGAGUGUUAGAGACGGAAUUCGUUAUGAAGACUUGCUUGCAUUCGAGAGACUGCUAUGAACCCCUCAGUUCUAUGGAUUUUGGCAUGGCAGGACAACUGUUGGUCCAAACUACCUGCUGCAUGGAAAACGAGUGCGAAGAAUUCAUUCCUCCCUUGCCACCCAUCAACACCUCCCCGAAUGGGAAGAAGUGUCCAGCUUGCUUGGCUGUCAACAGUUUCCAGUGCAAGGACAUUGUUGCAGAAUGCACGGGAGACAACAACUAUUGUGCAGAGCUCACCGCAACUGGAAACUUUGAUAAUGUGAGUGUGCACUUCGUCCUGAAAGGUUGUAUGAGCCAUGAUGUCUGCAAAGACGUGCACGGGGAUUCCUCUUCCGAUUUAUUUGACAUAGCCAGUUGCGUAAUAUCCUCCAAGGCUCCUAGCACCGUUCCAGGAUCAUCUCAACUCUUCCUCCAGAUUUUUUCCGGGCUCCUGCUACUCCAGAUUCUUAAGUAAUUUGCUCGAGGGAAGAGAUUUGUAGGUGCCGAAUGAGCAACCCUUUCUUGCUGACGCCCUUAUGUCAAAUAGAGAAUGUAAAUCUUUCACAGUAGUCAUUUUACAAUUUAAA